ACUGGGGAACGUCCCUACACGUGUGGGGAAUGUGAGAAGAGCUUCAGGGACAGCUCCAGCCUCAGCACCCACCAACUCAUCCACACUGGGGAACGGCCCUACAAGUGCUUGGAAUGUGGGAAGAGCUUCAGCAGGAGCACCACCCUCCUCACUCACCAGCACAUCCACACUGGAGAACGGCCCUACCCGUGUGGGGAAUGUGGGAAGAGCUUCAGGCAAAGCUCCAAGCUGAUCCGACACCAGCGCAUCCACAGUGGGGAAUGGCCCUACACAUGUAGGGAAUGUGGGAAGGGCUUCAGUGACAGCUCCAACCUCUGCACCCACCAGCGCAUCCACACUGGGGAACGUCCCUACACGUGUGGGGAAUGUGGGAAGAGCUUCAACUGCAACUCCAACCUCCUCACCCACCGGCGCAUCCACACUGGAGAACGUCCCUACACGUGUGGGGAAUGUGGGAAGAGUUUCAGACACAGCUCCACCCUCCACUCCCACCAGCACAUCCACACUGAGGAACUGCCCUACACGUGUGGGGAAUGUGGGAAGAGCUUCAACUGCAGCUCCAGCCUCCUCAGCCACCAGCGCAUCCACACUGGGGAGCGGCCCUACACGUGUGGGGAAUGUGGAAAGAGCUUCAGUGACAGCUCCAAUCUUCACGCCCAUCAACGCAUCCACACCAGGGAACGGCCCUACACAUGUGGGAAAUGUGGGAAGAGGUUUCAGACCAGCUCACAUCUCCUCAGGCAUGAGCGGACGCACACGGAUGAGAGGCCCUUCCGCUGCACCGACUGCGGGAAGGGCUUCAAGCAGAAUGCUCACCUCGUCACCCACCGGCGCAUCCACACCAACGGACCCACCAGUAAGGGAAGCCCUGUGAGUGCCCCGACUGCAGGAAGAGCUUCGGCUGUAUGACUGACAUGCAGAAAAGGUUUCAAAAGGUCUUCAGGAUUUUGAGUAUCUGCACUCCAACAUCAAUUUAUUCUUUUGAAUAUGUGUAAGUUUAACCUCAUUUUAGUCUGAAAGCCAAAUUCACCACUACCCCAUUCCCUGAUAACCGUGGGCUGAUUCUGACAAGUGAGGCACAAAUUACCCACUGCCCAGCAAAAACCAGUGGGGCCAGCCAGUGGUCUCUGCCCUGGCAGCCCAGUUUCCCCAGUCUCAUCUCAAAAUGACCAGUUACACUGAAGCAAAGAGCACUGGAACCAGUGCAACAAGCCCCAGUCUGACUUUCACACCUGCCCACGUGUCCUGUUUCUGCUGCUCUACAGACUUCCUUGUUUAAAAUACAAUGGAAAAAUGAA